AUGCAAAAUGCAACCCCCGAGGGUCGUUUUAACUCUGCUGGAUCUCCAAAGCGCGACAACAAUGUCUCUCUAACGAGGGAACCGCUAAAUGUUGAGAAGCUUGUGUCAGGCUUUCCUGUUGAGGCACAAGGAGAUACGGAAAGUUCUCUCACUUCCACAGACCUUAAUACACAAUCUGAUAGCAAAAAUCUAGAUACUAGGCCCAUCUCAAGACAAUUGGAGGCAGUUUCUGUACGCAUAAAUGCUGCGAAUCAUGACCAAUUAAACACAAAGCAAACGUCAGAAUUCCAGAAACAGGUACCGCAACAAAUCAACCUUGCUCAGCCUAUUCCUGACGACUCUUCACACGCAGAUAGCGAAUAUGAUUAUCUUUCCCGAGCAGCUAUUGAAGCCAGCAAUAGAGGAGAGCUUCUUGUUGAAUUCCGUCGAGGUGCUGAUAACAGCCAUGUUAACCGAAUGGUCGAAGGAUCCUACUCUCGUUUUUUGACAUCUGCAAAUUACAUGAGCAAGCCAACCCUCUUCAGUAGCUUCUAUGGAGAAACUCCUGCCUAUGGUCUUGUCCCUCGAAAAUCAUUCUAUUCAAAGAACGAAGAAUCUAAUACGCCAAGCCGGCACACAGCUUUUGAGUGCUCAAUACAUCAUGAUCGGUUUAAUACGCAAAACGGAUCAGCUAGAAGUAAUAAGAACAUGCGCUCAGGAUCCUUGAACAUCCCCAAUAAUAGUCACCUAACCCAUAAAUCAAGAUCACAGAGUACACGAAAAACGCACAGACGAUGCAUUGGAAAUGUCCCUUAUGCCUAUAGGGAUGUAAGCCCCAUUUUGAGGCGUGAUAAAGCCUUGCUAGGCAGUGAUGUGUACCAGUCAUUAUGCAAAACACAAACACGCCUGCGACAAAGCCCUCUCGGCACCCGUGCAGGAGGUGAUCCUGAUCAUAUAUAUUACAACCACAAAAGUAAGGGAUUUUUUGUGCCCCACCAACCACCUGGGGACUCCCUGCUUUUGCAGUACAAUCAUUUGUACGACUAUGGUGAUGGCACACGCAUGAAGCCGAUUUGUCAAGAUGGUGAAAACACAUUAAAGAAGUUCAGAUUGAAUCCACACGCAAAACCUCCUUGCACUUACGCGGAAUCAAAAGGAUCGUCAUGGCGCUAUUACAACAUCACUGAUAGUAAGAAUGACAAGUCCAAGUCCCAGCGACGGUCACUAACCAAUACUAAGAACUUUGGUCGCGGAAACUUGACAUUUUCCCCAAGAAACAUACCUUAUGUAAGCUCGUUACGGACAGCCAAGGCGCUGGAUGUGCAGAAGCUUCACGUCAGCCCGUUUCAAAAUGCACCGUCAAUCGAAGAAGUAAUGAUGCAAAACCCAGACACAGUGAACAGACUUUCUGAGGAAGUUCAUAAAGCCAUAAACCAAGGUCGUUUGCAUCCGAAGGAACUUCCCCAAAGGAUUGGUGACCAGAUCCUUACCACCACUGAUGCAAGAUGCAUUGGGGAAGCGGCCCUUAAGCCUCCCUCACGAAGCAACUCGAGGAGGUCUAAAUACGCGGCAACGUACGCCGGCAACGUUUCUAGUGCCCAGACCCUCUCCUCUAGGGGAAAUGGUGAUCAGCGCUGCGCCUUCACCGACCGCCCGGCGGAUGGCCUCUUGCGAUUUGUUGUUGGGCAAGGAUCCACGCGCUUUCCGACACUCCAACCACCUCGCACACCCAAUAGCUCAAUAUGGAUGAAUGAAUCUAAAGGCAAUCUAGCAACGGCAUUAAAUAAUACCGAGCUGCCUCAAGUUGGAGCAAUGAAUGAUCAUGUGCAUACUAAUGGCGACAAAAAGCCGUAUUCUGUUUCUCGGCUACAUAUGCAUCCAACGUAA